AGACACCCCGUUUUGGAAUGGGGUGCCCAAAGAUUGUCCAUAAUUUCAAAGGGUGCCUCUGGACUGUCCAUAAUUUUAACUACUUGUCUACUGGGCACUUUUACCCCAUUCCUGCCCAGGUCAAUUUUCAGCUUUCAGUGCUGUCGCAUUUUGAAUGACAAUUUUAAAAGGUGCCUUGACUGAAAAAAAGCUUGAGAAACACUGGGCUAGACAAUGGCAUCCUGACUGCCAUUAGGUAUCUGGAUGAAAUCCUUGG